CGUUUAAAUAUCAGUGAAAGGUGAAGUCACAGGCUUCGGAAUUUCCAGCUUGACAGCUCUUCUCUAUAAAAACAUCAAACCCACCAAAACCCUAACACUUUUUUAAUCUCUUCUCUGUUUGAAAAUCGAUGGCACGAAAGCGUUCAAACCCCAUUGAAGAUCCACCCACUGCUUCUUCAUCUGAAGAAGAAAAAGAGGAGGAGACUUCCUCUGAGGAAGAAGAAGGGUCUUCAUCUGAAGAAGAGGAGGAAGAGCCAAAAACCCAAACUACCUCACAAAACCAGAAAACUCAACCUCCUAAAAAGCCUGAUAUUGCCACCGCUGCAACCCCUGGUGAUGAAUCUGAUGACUCUGACACGGAUUCCGAGUCUGAAUCCGACACCGACAGCCAAACUCCCAAGCCUAUUGCAACAAAACCUAUGGAAGAAGCUUCAAACACCAAAAAACCUAGAUCCAAACCAUUGGCUUCACCGAUUAAAGCUUCUUCAACUAAGCGGCCCAGCGACUCAGAGCAAGAACCCAAGGAUGUGAAACGGGCCAAGAAAAAAGCUGGGGAAGAAGUAACCGAGGUCGCUGUUGUUGAGGAGGUGAAGAAGACUGGAGAAGAUGCAAAGAAACAGCUCUUCCAGCGGCUGUUUAGUGAAGAUGAUGAAAUUGCUGUGUUAAAAGGUAUGUUGGAUUAUUAUGCUAAAAAGGGGGCUGAUCCUUGUGCUGAUAUGAACGCAUUUUAUGAUUUUGUGAAGAAAUCAAUUCAUAUUGAUGUUACCAAAGCUCAGUUGAUGGAUAAAAUUAGGAGGUUAAGAAAAAAAUUUGAAAACAAUGCUGUUAAAGGAAAGAAAGGCGAGGAUAAGACUUUUUCUAAAGUCCAUGAGCAGAAGGCCUUUGACUUGUCGAAGAAAAUAUGGGGUAAAGAAGGGAUCAGUGGAAAAACUGAGUCUUCUGCUGUGAAGUCAAACGGGAAAACUAAGGGAAACACUAAAGCUUUGCCUGUAGUGAAACCAGAAAUUUUUUCACCAGAGAAGAACGUGGAGCCAAUGGAUCUUGAUAAGAAGUCUAAGAGUGUAGCUAGUUUCUUUGAUAAGAGCAUUGGUCUUGCUGGUAUGGAAGAAAAAAUUUUAAAGAACGGAUUGGAGAUAAUUGGGGCAGAAAAGAGAGCAGCUUUGGAAGAGAAGUGGAGGAAAUUGCAAAUUGCAGAGUUGGAGCUGUUUUUACAACGUUCUGAGUUGAUCAAGGAGGAGGCUAAGAUGUUGUUGGAAUUUUACAAGUCUGAAGACAAAUAGGGUGCUGGUAUAAGUAGUUAGUUUUUUGAGCAUUUUAAAGAAAUGUUAUAUCUGUGGUUAUUGGGAGUUUGUUUUUGUUUUUGUUCAAUUGAGACUUAUGUGUAGCAUUUAAUUUUGGUUAACUUGGAUUAUAUUAAUCUCUUGCAUAGAGAGUAACUGCUUAUUAUAUCUGCGUAAUAGCAUGCUGUUAAUUGCAAUUUGCUAUGUUUGGAUUUGCUUAAUGUUUGAAUUAUAGAUCAUCUUGGAGAUUUUUCCCUC